AUUAUUAAUAUUGUUUAAGCGGUAGUAACCAGCAAAAAAUAAUCAUUCAAAAUGAUGCUUAAAAUUGUCAUCGUUUCCUGCUGCAUUGCAAUUGCACUUAGUCAAGCUGUUGGAAAAUGUCCCAGUGUAGAUGGUAGAUACCCAGUAUACCUUCCAGAUGCAAGAUCCUGCUCAAAAUUCUAUGAAUGUUCUAACGGUACACCAUAUCAACUGAGAUGUGCUUAUGGAACAUAUUUCGAUAGCUAUACCAGAAUAUGUAAACAUAAACGAGACGUCAACUGUGGAAGUAGAAGGAGAGAUUAGUGCUCAAAUUUAAAAAAUCUCAAUUGUCUUUAAUUUUUAUAAUCCCUGUGAUACAUAUU